GUCAUCACGCCCCUGGUGGAGAGUUCUUUGUCGGUAUUAAAGGGACCGCCAGUUGUAGCUAGAAGGAGUGGCAUUAUUUAGAGCAGCUAUAGGACCGCCGUCAGCAGCGCGAGAUGGCUUGUGCACCAUCUAUGCUUCUCUUUUUCAUCUGGAUUACGACAUACACUAAUCGUCCAGCGCAAGCACUGAGGAUAAUCGAAUUGAAGGUUCCAGAGUCUGCGACCCGCGGAUCCACUGUGACUCUCGAAUGCCGCUACGACCUGCAGGAAGAUCGGCUGUACAGCGUCAAGUGGUACAAAGAUGGCCUCGAGUUUCUGCGCUAUUUGCCCCAUGAGAGGCCGCAAAUACGGUCGUUUAAUGUGAAAGGACUCAAAGUGGACGUCGUUAGAAGCACCAACACUACAGUAGUCCUCGACAACGUACAGCACUCGGCGUCGGGAACAUACCGAUGCGCAGUUUUAGCCGACGCACCGACGUUCGAUGAGGACUACGAGGAAAAGAGACUGCUCGUCACAGAAACACCGCUGUCAAUAGACCAGCCACCAAUCGGUAUCCUGGGUGGUUCUGUGCGUCUCAACUGUGCGCACAACUUUGGCAGCUUGCCCCUGUACAGCUUCAAGUGGUUCAAGGACGACAAAGUAUUAUACACGUUUAUUCCCCGCAACAGGCCACCGGGAGAAAUGUACAGCGUGACAGGAGUGACAGUGGAUAUGCUGCAGAGCAACUAUUCGUCCCUCUACCUGAAGAACCUGAGUGCCCUGAGUGCAGGCGCUUACCGCUGCGAAGCCAGCUCCGAUGCUCCGCCUUUUCUCACGGUCCAAGACGAGAAAAGGCUUGCGGUGUUUGAACAAAGUGACAUGAGACCACACAUCACGUACGACAGGGAGUCUUACCAGGUGGGAGAGUUCGUGCGCCUCAACUGCACCUCCAGCCGGUCCAGGCCGGCUCCCAAACUGGCGGUGUACGUCAACGACCUCCUCUUGAUCGACGCCGACGUCAGGACUAAAGUCGACACGCACCCGGACGGCUUCCAGGUGACCACGCUCUCUGCGAACAUCCCAGUAAAGCAGCACGGCGUAAGCAGAGCCGCCCUGCGAGUCAAGUGCCAGGCCAGCUUCGUGGGCCUGUACGAAGCCGUGGGCGAGAUGACCAUUCCAGUUGGGCAGCAUACGGGAGACCACAAGGCACCUUACCAGCACCAGCGUCCACAGCACAAGCAACCAUCACAGCGACAGCCACACCUCGGUGCCCUCUCGUCGAUACAAGACGAAUGUCUCACCAAGGCUAUGGAGAUUCUGGCAAAGGCGUGGGCUGCCAACCAGUGAAUAGAGUUGUACUUAAAGAUGUUCUUCCUUUACUUACACUCAUGGACGCGUAAACAUUAUUAGAGAUAGGUAUACUUGAGACUUCUGAACGUUUAUAAUAAAGCUGUAGAAAAUUGUUUCCCA